AUGAGGGCAGCUCUCUGGGCCUUGGGGCUCGGCAUCCUUCUCUUCACUGUCAGGGCGGUCCCCACUGGUGGACCCAGCGACCUGAGGCUGGCCUAUAGGCACGCUCCGUGUGAUGGGGUGGUGCUGGUCCGGCACGAAGGGGAGUGGGGACACGUGUGCAGCCAGGAGUGGACGCUGAAUGAAGCAUCUGUGGUCUGUAGGCAGCUGGGCUGCGGCCGUGCCGUGGGCCCCCACAAAUACGUCCCACUGCCUGGAGAGGUGGUGCGGCCCUGGCUCCACAACGUGUCCUGCAGGGGCGAUGAGUCCUCUCUCCGGGGGUGCAGCCUGGGGGCGUGGGCGCGGAGCCAGUUCCCCUACGAGUGGGUGGUGGUCGCUCUGUGUUCCAACGGCACUUUCCGGGAGGUCCGGCUGGUGAAGGGCCGGAGCCCCUGUGCGGGACUCCCCGAAAUCAGGAAUGUGAACGGGGUGGACCGCCUCUGUGGCCUGCACCAGGAGGAGGACGCGGUGUUCUGCCGGGAGCUGGGGUGCGGCCUGGCGCUGCAGGCCCCCCGCCGAGAUGGGGGCGUAGCCAGGAAGUACAUGACCUGCAGGGGCAACGAGCAGACCAUCCGGAACUGCAGACUGAACAACAAGUUCCGCGGUGGCUGCGACUUCCGGCGAGAUGCCCAGGUGAUCUGCUCAGGACACACGGAGGCCCGGCUGGCGGGCGGCGACCACCCCUGCGCUGGGCGCCUGGAGGUGAGGCGCGGCCUGACCUGGGGCAGUGUCUGCGACGCCGACCUGGACCUGGCCACGGCCCACGUGGUGUGCCGGAGGCUGCAGUGUGGCGUGGCCGUGUCCACACCUGGGGGUGCCCACUUCGGCCGGGGCUCGGGGCUCAUGUGGACGGAGGCCUUCCGCUGGGGCAACGAGUCCCUGCUAUUCCACUGCCCUCGGGGGCCCGGGCACCAGUGUGGGCAUGGCCAGGACGCUGGGCUCAGGUGCUCAGAGUUCCAGCUGGUCAACGGCAGCAGCGCCUGCGAGGGGCGUGUGGAGCUCCAGGUUCAGGGGGCCUGGGCGCCCCUCUGUGCCGCCCACUGGGACUUAGCAGAUGCCACGGUCCUCUGCCACCAGCUCAACUGUGGCAACGCGGUGGCCACACACCCAGGAGGCCAUUUUGGGGACGGGGACUCAACCAUCUGGCCCGACGUGUUUCACUGCGUGGGGACAGAGUCCUAUUUGUGGAAUUGCGCAAUGAGCACCCUGGGGGCCCCGGCCUGUGUCCCCGGCAACGCGGCCACCGCGCUCUGCUCAGGCCUCCCUGACGCCCUGCGGAUGAGGGACGGACAGAGCCGCUGUGAUGGCCGCGUGGAGGUGUCCCUGGCUGGGGUGUGGGGCCGCGUCCUGGACGACGCGUGGGAUCUGCGCGGCGCGGCCGUCGUGCGCCGGCAGCUGGAGUGCGCAGGGCCUGAGCGAGCCUACGAGGCGCCGGCGCCCCGGCGCGGGGCUGUCCCGCUGGGGCUGAGCCGCGCGCGCUGUCUGGGCACCGAGACCCGCCUGACGCAGUGCAACGUGUCCGCGUCCCCGCUGGUGUCCGCGGGGGCGUCGCGGGACGCGGGAGUCGUGUGCUCCGGUGAGUGCGGGCCCGGCCCCCCAUCCCCCUCUUCCGGGGGGUGGGGCGCGGCCGCCCUGCUUGGUCUCUCCCUCCGCAGGGAGCCGCCGGGUUCGGCUGGCCGCGGGGCUGGGCCGCUCGCGUGGGGCACCGUGUGCGACGACGGCUGGGACCUGCGGGACGCCCACGUGGUCUGCCGGCAGCUGGGCUGUGGCCACGCGCUCAGCGCCCCAGGGGCAGCGCACUUCGGGGCCGGGGCCGGGCGCAUCUGGAUGGACGAGCUGGGCUGUGAGGGCCACGAGUCUGCGCUGUGGCGGUGCCCGUCGGGGGGUUGGGGCCGGAACGACUGCGGGCACAAGGAGGACGCCGGCGUCUUCUGCUCAGGGUCAGUGGCCCUGAGGCCGCGAGGCCGGGCCUGUGCUGGGUGGCUGGACGUGUUUUACAAUGGGACGUGGGGCGCCGUGUGCAGUAACGCCCUGAAGGACACCUCCUUGUCCAUCAUCUGCACGCAGCUGGUGUGGGGAGCAGGGCUGGCUGGAGAACAGGCCCACCCACACUAGCCUGGGCACCUCUUGGGUGGACAACAUCCAGUGCCGCAGGCUGCAGAACUCCACGCUGUGGCAGUGCCCCUCGGCCCCGUGGCACCCGCGCUCCUGCGCCCGUGGGGAGGAGGAUUGUCGGAGAUAUCGACACAAGAUUCUGGGGAGGCCCUCAAUUGCUCCUCGACCGACAGCUGCCCAGAGGAGGGGGCGCUGCGCGUGCGCAGGGGUGACGACCGCUGCUCAGGCCGCGUGGAGCUCUGGCACGCCGGCUCCUGGGGCACCGUGUGCGACGACUCCUGGGACCUGGCGGACGCCGAGGUCGUGUGCCGCCAGCUGGGCUGCGGCUGGGCUGUGGGCGCCCUGGCAGGGGCCGCCUUCGGGCCGGGCUCUGGGCCCGUGUGGCUAGACGAGGUGGGGUGCCGGGGCAGCGAGGCGUCCCUGUGGGGCUGCCCCGCAGAGCCGUGGGGACGCGGAGACUGCGGGCACAAGGAGGACGCGGGCGUGCGCUGCUCUGCUGCCCUCAGGGCCGGGACUCUGCCCAUGACCUUCAGCCUGGUCCUCGGCUCGCUCCUGGUUGUCAUCUCACUGGUUCCGGAACGUGGGGACCCGCCCUCGGAAGGUGUUUGUGAGGACGUUGGAGCUGUCCCCGUGGGGGAGGAAGACGAGGGGCCUCGAGUGUCCCGGGCCCUGGUGCUGGGAGGGGAAUAUGACGACCCUGGGGAGCCCGAGGAGGGGGACGCGGACGAGGGGGCCCCCCUGAACGCCACGGGUGUGCACCUCUGCGCCUUGGCGUCCCCGGCGCUUUUCCUGCUGUGCUGCCCCUACGCCCAGGGCUCUGCUCCAGCCAGCCCCUACAUCUGA